GGUAACUCAAUUUCCCCCGGGCAGAAGUGCAGCCAGACUGAAUUUAUACAAUUUGAGGGUGGCAAACUGCCAAAGCCCCUUUCCCCAAGUCUGGGGGGCGUUCACAUGGGCUCACUGCCAUUUGAGGAUGUAAUUGGUCAUGGACACCCACGGCUGGUUGAUCUAUUUAGCUUUGCGGUUCCAAACUUUGCACGGGAAACGAAAUUAAUCCAUUAAUUGAAAACCUGCAUAGUAAUUUUUAACUUCGAGUAAUUGGUGCCUGCUGGUGGUUUUGGCAAGAUAGCGAUAUGAGAGAGAGAGAGAGAGAGAGAGAGAGAGAGAGAGAGAGAGAGGGUUGAGAAGCAGCCCAUGUUGCAUCCCAUUGAGAGGAGCCGGCCGUUGAUCAAUUGGUAGUGCCCCCCACCCCCGUGGGGAUCCUUGAAUCGGAGAUGGGGAGCUUCCUCUCUGACCUGAUUCAAUAUCGCGGGUUGUUCCAGAUGAUCUUUGUGCUGGGCAUAGGUGGCAGCUUCCCAUACGGGUUUCACAUUUCUGUGAUCAACUACCCCUCCCUGCACAUUAAAAAAUUCAUCAACGAGACCUGGCUGGAGCGGCAUGGCUCCCCUCUCCCGCAAGAGACCAUCCUCCUGCUGUGGUCUUUCAUUGUUUCCAUCUACGGCAUAGGGGGGCUCUUGGGAAGCGUGUGCUGUGGGUACCUGACCACAAAAUACCGGAAAAAGAAAUGCCAAAUGUUCACCAACUUGAUCAUGCUGGCGGCUGCGUCGCUCAUGGGUUUCAGCAAGAUGGCCGGGUCCUUCGAGAUGAUCCUCCUGGGGCGCUUUCUCUAUGGAGUCGGCAUCGGGUUUUCUUUCAACAUACACCCUCAAUACGUGGGAGAGAUUUCGCCAAAGAAGCUGCGCGGAUUUACAAACGCCACCGUGGCUGUUUUCUUGACCCUCGGGAAAGUCUCGGGACAAGUGAUGGGCUUGGGAGAAAUGUUGGGCAGUGACUUCUUGUGGCCUUUGCUACUAGCUUCCAGUGGGCUCACCGCAGUGGUCCAGCUGCUGGCCCUCCCUUGCUUCCCCGACUCCCCAUCCUACCUUCUGAUCCAGAAGGGCAAUGAAGAAGCCUUCAUGAAAGCCAUCAAGCAGCUCUGGGGCGAAGGUGACCACCAAGCGGAGAUUGAGGACCUCAAGAAGGAGAAGUCUGCCGUGGCCAGCACCAAGAGCCUACGCAUCCUGGAGCUGAUGAAGGCCCGCUCCUUCCGCUGGCAGCUCUACGUGAUGAUCACAGUCAUGACCACUUUGCAGCUCUGUGGCAUCAACGCAAUCUAUUUCUACUCCUUUGAAGUCUUCCGCACAGCCAGGUUUGAAGAGGAAAUCGUUCCGUACAUCGCUCUGGGCGUGGGGAUGUGUGAGUGCCUCUCAUCCAUCCUGUGCAGUUCCCUCAUUGAGCGCUUUGGACGGAAGCUUCUGCUCUGGGGGGGCUACGCCGCGAUGGUCCUGGUCCUGGCUCUGCUCACCCUGACCCUCUCGCUCCAGCACCGUUUCUUCUGGAUGCACCACUUCAGUGUGGUCCUCAUCUUCCUCUUUGUGCUCUUCUAUGGGAUCGGGCCUUCUGGAGCCACCAUUGCCGUGAUGGUUGAGAUCUUCAACCAGACCUUCCGCCCGUCGGCCUUUGUGAUCGUGGGGUUCAUCAACUGGAUGGGUCUCUUCCUGCUCGGGAUGAUCUUUCCGUUCAUUGUGGAAUAUCUCGGCCCCUUCUGCUUCCUGAUCUUCAUGGGCAUCCUUGCAGCCUCUGGCAUUUUCAUCUUCUUGUUCCUCCCGGAAACAAAAGGGAAAUCUAUCAUGGAAAUUACAGCAGAGUUUAAUAAGCUGAAUUAUGGAAAGAAACAAGUUUUUCCUGCUGAAAAUAAAGUUCCUCAGGAAACCAUCUUCUGCACCAGGCUCUAACACCCCAUUUGCUGAACCUCCAGCUCUGGGGGAGGGGAGAGAGGAGGGGGAAGAGUCACCAGCUCUGCCCUUGAUGCAAAGAAAACAACAGCCUGCCCAUGGCUUUCAGCCAAGAUGGGACAUUUCACCAGUUUACAUCCUGUUGCCAGUUUACAUCCUGUUUCCCAUGAGAGACAGGUUAUCUAUGGUUUGUUUACUCCCAACAAAUUGCAAUCUGGAGCCAUGGUUUGUUGUUGGCUUAUGAACCUUGGUUUGGUGUUACGUCUAACGUGUCUUUAACCAUGGUUUGCUUGAACCCCCAAUACAAAACAACUCACCAAACCAAAAAUGCAAAAGCAACUGAAAGACAAGUCAAUUAUUGGAGAAGAAGGAACACAGCUUGUUUGAUUUUCUGUGGGAUGACUUGUUAACCCAUGGUUUCUUAAACAAGCCAUGGUUUAGUGUAGCGGGGAGGAAACUGUAGCCCUCCAGGCGUUGCUGUAGUCAUUCCUGCUCGCUGGACACGCUGGCUGGGAUCUGGAGUCCAACUAUGGCUGGAGAGGCAUAGAUUCCUCACUCCUUGCACUCUCUGUGAACCAGGCCUAUUUCAUCCAGUGUCAUCUGGUGCCCCCACAGUUGUGGCUAUAUUCGAUUCUGGGUUUUGUAAUGUUUACUUUUGCUGUAGGUUGCUUUGAAUGCAGAAAGUGGG